UUGGAGAUAUUCGGGUAUUUUGUUUUUUUCCUCCCCCGUGUAUAAUAAUCCUUACGCGUCCGUGCGCCUCUGCACACAAAAAAAACAUCCCCCGUUCUCCCGACACCGAGGGCGGCUGCAGCAGCAGGAGAGAGAGAAGAGAGAAGAGAGAAGAGAGAAGAGAGAAGAGAGAAGAGAGAGAGAGAGAGGGGCUUCAUCAGUGUCACGAAUCCGGAUUUCCCCAGCCCUUUGCCGGCAGAGAGGGUGGGGAGGACCGUGGACAGGAGUCAAGCCGAUGUGAGCUCAGCCCUGCGCCCGGCUCUGUCGUUUUGACUCAGCAACUGUUUUACGGCCGCCCCCCCACCCCACCCCACCCCACCCCACCCCCACAUCAGUGUCCAGAGAGAGAGUCCUGUCUGUGCACCAUCACCCAGUUUCCUCCUGUGCUGGUCAACUCUGAUGGAUCAGUAUGUCUACUUCUAAUAAUAUCGCCCAGGCCAGGAAACUGGUGGAACAGCUGAGGAUUGAGGCAGGGAUCGAACGCAUCAAGGUGUCUAAAGCAGCAGCAGACCUAAUGAGCUACUGUGAGCAGCACGCUCGUAGCGACCCUCUGCUGGUCGGGGUUCCCACCUCCGAAAACCCGUUCAAGGACAAGAAACCCUGCAUCAUCCUAUAGCUGCGUUCUACUCCUCCUGCCCACACACACACACACACUCACAGAAAAACGCACAUAGACACACACAAACAAACAUACACUCAGUACCGUAAAUUGACCCCCAGACGCACACAUGCAAACACACAACUUCAAGCACCUUAUUUUAGGGGGCUAUAUCUAGAAACCACACGCACGCACACACACACACACACACACACACACACACACACACACUCCCAAAAGAGCCACUCUGGAAAAGCGCCAUACCCCAGAGCCACAGCUCAGGGGCAGGUAUCAUGUGCACCCAGUGGCCGACAUCAGUAUAUCACUGAGUAUGAUCCAAGGUGCUUUGGUAAUAUUCAUACAUGCUGGUAAAUUAACUACAAGUGUCAUAUUAACUUGAAAAGGGAUUUGGACAUUAUUAACUAACAGAAAAGUGGGAUUUUUCUUUAUUUUGGUUUGUGUGUGAGGGGUUGGGUGAAGGACGGACAGCUGAGCCAUAGGCCGGGAGUGGGAGGAUGCAUGUGGGCUACAGACACGGGCGGUAGGUGCUUCUUCCAACCGAGCCAAACACGUCCUGGUGUCCCGCUAACAGGCUUAAAAGUUAUUUUUAUGUGAGAGUUCAAAGGGUCCGAGAGCUUUGUCCCGGUGCAAAAUCAUAGCAGGGCCUUUUUGGAGCAAGUGGCCAAAGGCUUUUCCUUUAUCGGACUAUAGCAUGUUCCCACUCAAACCGGCAUCACCAGACCUUCUCUGCCUGUGGCCUCACUGCGGCCGUCUUCAGCCUUUGGCCAAACCUCCCAGCUGUGCCAACCUGUGCGGAGAGUCCUCUCUAUAGAUGCCGAUCUGCCGUCACUGAUUCCGCCGCAGUUUGUUAUGGUGGCUGAAAUCAACGUCUAACCCGACCUCAGAUCUGCACCUAUGAGGUGAACACAGCUGGACACAGAACUCAAGCUAUUAACCCCGGACGUUUACUGCAUUUUUCUUAUCAAAAGAUACUUGUUUGUGAACUCAAUGUACAUUUUGAUAUUUUUCGUUGAAGCGUUACUUAACAGACGAUACUGUACUUUUGGGGUUUUUUAAUGUUUGCUUUGUGUUGCCCCUGGUUGAUCAGGUUUCUUUUUUUCCCAGCUAGUGUUAAUGAAACGGGAGGAGAUCUGAUCGAAAACCGAGGGUACAAACCUAACCAGAUACCUGCUAUAGCAGCUUCAAGGUUUCUAUUGUACAUCAAGCCUCCCUGUGCUUUAACCCGAGAGAGGGCGAGGUCGCAGUUUGACCCUACCCGAGAGACGGCUGGGGGAGAAACCCCAGACUUAAAAAAACUAGAAAUGAAGCUGUCCCCAAAAGUUAAAAAAAAUGAAGCUUUCUGUUUCUUACCUUCUCCGCUCAUGUUCUUUUUACUCGUAGCGUCAAAAGGUCGAAAUGAAGAGAAAUCAUUGGAUUGUGCAAAGCUGGAGGAGUUUGUUUUAUUUGCCUCUACAGUCGAGAAGGGAAUCUUGUUUUAGUGCAAAAAUAAUUCUGCCUCUAAAUCAGAUAAAAUGCUCGGCUUUAUCAGUUUUCAAAGUUUCCAGUCUCCUCCAGUGUAACAGCUCACUUUAACGUGAGCUAACACUCGGUUUCCUCUUCUCUCCGCUCCUCCACGAUUCUCCUCCUUUCUGAAAAACCAAACUUGAUUGUAAAAACUGAAGAUGACGUGGGGGGAACAAUGAACUUAAGAGAAACAAACUAAGUGUAUAAACUUUCUUUCAGACAUGUGCAGAAGUGAUAAGUUGAAGAGUAGCUGUUUUGGGUUUUCUUUUUUUGAGUUUUCUUCUCUCUGUGGAGUCCAUGGAACCUGGUCAGUUGAGUAUUACCCUGUACAGUGUUUGUAAGAUACAAAAUCUAAACACAGAAUCCCCCUGUGGAUGUUUGGAUUUUUUAGUACUACUUAUUCUGUUCUGUCGGUCAGGAUCAUGUCUGUCAUCUUUUAUUUAUUUUCACUUUUCUGUUAAUCUGGUUUUAGAGGCUUGUGAUAGCGUUUUUUAACGACAGAUGCAAAUACAACCAACACAAUGAGGAUGAAUAAUUUAAAACAGAAAUGCGAGUCGUGUUUGGUUUAGGAUUUUACUCUGUUAGAGGAUGAAUCGACUCAUUCGAGAUGCAAAAACCAACCUCCUGAUCCGUCCUCUAACACCGGAGCAGCCCACGGGUUUUAUUCUUCUCCAGUGUUGAUUUUGGUGGGCGACAGACGACGAGGACAACACACACAUCCACACACACGCACACCUACACUCUCCCACAUUUGCUUUUUAGACUCGAAGGAUGAAUGUCAGAGGUCAAAAGUUGGAGCCGUAAGGACUGAGCAUAGAGGGCUGGUUUUGACGGUUAAUCGCUGAAAGAAGAAAGCUUUGUGCCAUCAUAUUUACACUUUAGCAUUUAGCUCAAGGCUUUUGUGAGGAGUUGCGUACAGUGACAGAGCAGGGUGGGGUCACUUGUACAGGACUUAACACCACUGACGUACUGUCACGGGGGGGGUUGAGCCCACUGCUCUGUUCGCUAAUGACUAGGUCAAUACGGCCCACCUGUUAGGCUGAGGUCUGGGAGUUUGGAGUUGGAGGUGGUGAGAGCUGGGCAGUUUGUGUGUGAAUGGCUCCACACCUGCUUAUCGAUGAGCGUGUGCCUGAGUGUUGAAGGCCACUGGAGGAAACCCUGCUAAAAAAUAUACUCCUUAAAAAGUAAUAUUGUGUUGCAUCUGAGGUGUUAUUGCGCUCCAUGUUUUCCGACUUCUUUUUGACAGAAAAUGCAGAAUAAUCUGAAAAAUUUGUUCCCAAGCAGGAAAAUUCACGUGAACACCAUGUCGAGUCGGAAUAACAACUGGGUACACGAGUUGCUGCUCAUCACUUCUAAACCAAUUAACAUAAUCAAUCUAACCCCUCUUUAGCCAAUACAGACAUUUGUAUGAUUAAUGUGCAUAUGUUCAAAAUUAUCUAUAUGCCCAUCACAUCCGAUCCUUUUUCUUUGCUCUUCGUUAUACUAAGUUAAUGAAUGCACAGUGGUACCACUCAUGUCUGCUGCGUAACUAUCAAGCUAUUGCCAGCCUUGAGGUAGCUUAGCUCUGCAUAGGCUGACCAUCUCUAAACCUCAAAUAUUUACACAUCAUUUUAUUAUUUAUUCACAGUUUUGAACUAUACAGGUGCUUGAAGGUUGAUUUCCUCACCUGUAAACACAGUAGCUGUAGAUGUUUCCCCUUUGUUCAGUCUUUAACAAGCUAACAAGCUGUAGCUUCAUUUUUAACGUAGAUCAUGCGAGUGGUGUUCAUUUUCUCAUCUAACUACCAGCAAGAAAGUAUAUAUUCCCCCUAAAUAUCAUACAUUUCACUAUCCUGAUGAAACAAUGUUAAAACACUAAUUAGUUUGCCUGAUACAAAGCCCUGCUUCAUCUUUCCUUUGCGUCUGGUCCUGACAAAGAGCAGAGAUAGUAGGAGCUGGAGAAAGGCCACAGUGAGGGUAGAUAUCGAGGGGGUGUUUGGAUGUAUACAUGUGUGUGGGUGGGGUGUUGGUCAGAUGUUAGCUUUUGGUAGCUGAAAACGAUGAUGUGGCAGAGCAGUCGGCAGAGAGGAGAAAAUAGAGGUGUGUGUGUGUGUGUGUAUGUGUGUGUAGGAGAGACACAGUGUUUAUGAACACAAGGGGCCUCUGGAGUGAUGCUGUACCUCAGUCCUGCCAUUCCAGGUCAUGGUGACUCUGACCGGAGACGAGGUCAUGUGACAAGCAGCACGUAUGGCCUCCCCCUCCAGGCCAGUGUUCACAUUUUAGGGAAGCAUAACCGUAAUUAUUCAGUUUAGGGUUAGGAAGCUAUUUUUGAUGAGAUGACCACUGAUAAUAGUCACAAAGCUGUGAAAUUCAAUGAUUUGAAGACUUCCCUUUUCAGACUAGUUAUCCCAGGGUCUUAUGCUAAGCUAAGCUAGCUGUCUGCGGACUCUAGCUUUAUAUUUAGCAAACAAACGUGUCUGUGUCUCAUGUCUUUCUUUUGCCAAGCAAGCAAACCAGCGUGUUUCUCGAAAUACCAAAUUGUCCCUUAUAAUUACAUGAAUAUAUUUUAUCUAUAUGUGUGGAGAUAAACGAAGAGGAAAACUACAAGGAACCAACUGAGGAAUGAUGAAAACUGCACAAACAGCUCCUUACCCUAACCUUUACCAUCACAACUAAACGCCUAACCCUAACCUAAUUCUAACCCCAACCCUAAAAACAAGUCUUAACCCUCAAACAAGCAUUUGAAUUUGGUAUUGAACCAAAAUUGGCCCUCAUAACUACAGAUAGAUAUCCACAUACACACAAACAUACACACAUACACUGGUGUUGUCCUGAUGGUGACUGACAGAUACGGUUUUAUUUUGUCAUCGUUGUUCAUUUCAGUCAUUCCAUAGCUGGUUGGGCUUACAAUCAGAGACAGCCGUCCCCCAUCGCUGGUUCGGCUGACAGUUUGUCUGAUUGGUUGGUUGUUAGUUUGCCUUAUAGUGGCGUAUAUUGUGUUAAUGCUGGUGUUGGGGUUAUCAGAUCCACAGAAUGAACAGUCUUAAAGUACAUCACGUGGCUCCAGAUGGAAAUCCACAGCGAGCCCGGUGAAAUUCAUGUCUGCUCGGGUGGGGAGAGCUGCGGCUCCUCGCCGGUGGACUUUCAUAUCAAACAUCAGUGAAGCGGCUCUGAGCCCUUUUCCGAGACUCAUGUUUUGUGUUCUGAUCUCCUGUGUAUGCAUACGGUAUAUGUAACUUUUUUGCCUUGAUUGAUUAUGAAGAAAAUAUAUCUAUUUUUUGUAACUGUUCUCUGAUGUGCCAUAACUCAUGUUUUCUUGCACACUGUUAAUAUUUUGUGGAUAUUGCUGUUAAAAAAGAUGAUAUUGAGAAGUAGAUAACAUUAAUAAAAAGAUGAUAUAAUAACUUG